AUGAAAAGACAACAUAAUGAUACAAUUCCUACAAAUAAUUCUGAGUUCACUAAAACCAAAUUAAGGAAAACAACCAAUAUGACAAGUUAUCCUUCUCCAACAUAUUCAUUUGAAGAAAGUAGUGAUUAUUAUCGUUUUCCUAUUGGUAGACCAACUACUCCAGUUGAUAAAAUUGUCAAUUCACUUGAACAUAUGCCGAUAUCUCCAAUUAAAAAUAACAACAACAACAAGACAGAGGUUGGUUUCACUCCAAGUACUUUAACAACGUCUGAGGAUUUUUUCAUAGUAGAAGCUAAGACCAGGCCAACUCCUAGCCCAAGUCCAAGUCCAAGUCCAAGCCCAACCCCUAGUCCUGCUGGAACCCCACCUCCUGCUCGUAGUCCAAGUCCCAGUCCCAGCCCACGUCCACGUCCCUAUCCCCAUCCUCAUCCACGUCCACGUCCACGUCCAUAUAGACGUUCUACAAUUCAUCAAAGGUUAUUAUCUCAUAACUUGAGAUCAAUUUCAAACUUCCCAGAAAUAGAGAUCUAUUUAGGAAAUGAACCAAAAAGUAAAAGCAAAGUAUUGGAAACAUCUACAACUACUACAACAAAUAAUCUCCAAAUAACUGAUUAUUUCAAUCCAUUUGGAUGCUUGAAUUUUAAUCCUUUUGCCCCGUUUACUAAUUCUCCUUAUCCAUUUAGUUAUAGUCAACCAACUAUCCUCCCUACCACCACCACCACUACAAAAGCUACGACUAACUUGAUUCAUCCAAUUCUUUUACCACCACCAAUAUUUAUGUCAGAAGAGAAUAAUACAAACAAGAAUUCCGAUGAAAAUUUUCCAUUCAUUUUCAUUACUGGUGGUUCAAGAACUGAUAAUGUUGUUUGUACUAAUCCAAAAUGUCCAUGUGAUGCUAAACCAUCUUAUUUUGUCGAGAAAUUUUUCAAUUAUUGA